CUUAUUCAGUUGAAGAUUGCUAUGGUGUAACUGAAGUUGUAUUUUGCUUCUCCCCCUAAUCCACUUUCCACCUCCCACCCUUGUUCUCUAAAGAAUAUAGUGUAGAUUUGUUAGAAAUAGUAGUACCUUCUUUCUCCCACGCCAAACCGCUACCUGUUUCUUCCUUGCUUUGGACUGUCUGAACCUCUAGAAGAUUUCACAGCAAUGCUGGACUGCAGUGACUAUGUCCUAGAGUCAAGAAUGAACAAUCCGUCAGAAACCAGUAAACCGUCUAUGGAGAGUGGAGAUAGCAACACAGGCACACAAACCAAUGGUCUGGACUUUCAGAAGCAGCCUGUGCCCGUUGGGGGAGCCAUCUCGACAGCCCAGGCCCAGGCUUUCCUUGGACAUCUCCAUCAGGUCCAGCUCGCUGGAACAAGUUUACAGGCUGCUGCUCAGUCUCUGAAUGUACAGUCUAAACCUAAUGAAGAAUCGGGGGAUUCACAGCAGCCAAGCCAGCCUUCCCAGCAGCCUUCAGUGCAGGCAGCCAUCCCCCAGACCCAGCUUAUGCUGGCUGGAGGACAGAUAACUGGGCUGACGCUGACACCAGCCCAGCAGCAGCUGCUCCUCCAGCAGGCCCAGGCCCAGGCGCAGCUGCUGGCGGCCGCCGUGCAGCAGCACUCCGCCAGCCAGCAGCACAGCGCCGCCGGGGCCACCAUCUCCGCGUCCGCCGCCACGCCCAUGACGCAGAUCCCCUUGUCUCAGCCCAUACAGAUCGCGCAGGAUCUGCAACAACUGCAACAACUUCAACAGCAGAAUCUCAACCUGCAGCAGUUUGUAUUGGUCCAUCCAACAACCAACCUGCAACCAGCGCAGUUUAUCAUCUCACAGACGCCCCAGGGCCAGCAGGGUCUCCUGCAAGCGCAAAAUCUUUUAACACAACUACCUCAGCAAAGCCAAGCCAACCUCCUACAGUCUCAGCCAAGCAUCGCCCUCACCUCCCAGCCAGCAACCCCAACACGCACAAUAGCAGCAACCCCAAUUCAGACGCUUCCACAGAGCCAGGCAACACCAAAGCGGAUUGACACUCCCAGCUUGGAGGAGCCCAGCGACCUUGAGGAGCUUGAGCAGUUUGCCAAGACCUUCAAACAAAGACGAAUCAAACUUGGAUUCACUCAGGGUGAUGUUGGGCUUGCUAUGGGUAAACUGUAUGGAAAUGACUUCAGCCAAACUACCAUCUCUCGUUUCGAAGCCUUGAACCUCAGCUUUAAGAACAUGUGCAAAUUAAAGCCACUUUUGGAGAAGUGGCUAAAUGAUGCAGAGAACCUCUCAUCUGAUUCAGCUCUCUCCAGCCCAAGUGCCCUGAAUUCUCCAGGGAUGGGAAUUGAGGGCUUGAACCGUAGGAGGAAGAAACGCACCAGCAUAGAGACCAACAUUCGUGUGGCCUUAGAGAAGAGUUUCUUGGAGAAUCAAAAGCCUACCUCGGAAGAAAUCACCAUGAUUGCUGAUCAACUUAACAUGGAAAAGGAGGUAAUACGUGUUUGGUUUUGUAACCGCCGCCAGAAGGAAAAAAGAAUCAACCCACCUAGCAGUGGUGGGACCAGCAGCUCACCUAUCAAAGCAGUUUUCCCCAGCCCAGCCUCACUGGUGGCAACCACACCCAGCCUUGUGACGAGCAGCGCAGCGACGACCCUCACGGUCAAUCCAGUCCUCCCUUUAACCAGCGCUGCGGUGACUAACCUCUCUGUUACAGGCACUACAGAGACCACCUCCAACAACACUGCGACCGUGAUCUCCACGGCGCCUCCGGCCUCCUCGGCGGUCGCCUCCCCCGCCCUGAGCCCCUCCCCUUCUGCCUCAGCCCCCGCCUCCGAGGCCUCCAGCGCCAGUGAGACCAGCACGACACAGACCACCUCCGCCGCCCUGGCCGCUCCCCUUGGGGCCAGCCAGGUCAUGGUGACGGCUUCGGGGCUGCAGACAGCGGCCGCUGCCGCCCUGCAGGGAGCUGCCCAGCUGCCAGCGAAUGCCAGUCUUGCUGCCAUGGCUGCUGCUGCGGGGCUCAACCCAGGCCUGAUGGCGCCCUCACAGUUUGCAGCUGGAGGUGCCUUACUCAGUCUCAAUCCGGGAACCCUAGGUGGUGCUCUCAGCCCAGCUCUGAUGAGCAACAGUACACUGGCAACUAUUCAAGCUCUUGCUUCUGGUGGCUCUCUUCCAAUAACGUCACUGGAUGCAACUGGGAACCUGGUAUUUGCCAAUGCAGGAGGAGCCCCCAACAUCGUGACUGCCCCUCUGUUCCUGACCCCUCAGAACCUCUCUCUGCUCACCAGCAACCCAGUGAGCUUGGUCUCUGCCGCUGCAGCCUCUGCAGGGAGUUCUGGACCUGCAGCCAGCCUUCAUGCCACCGCCACCUCAGCUGAGUCUGUCCAGAACUCUCUCUUCACUGUGGCCUCUGCCAGCGGGGCUGCCUCCACCACCACCACUGCCUCCAGGGCGCAGUGAGCUGGGCCGAGCGCGCUGCUGGCAGGGACUGAAACGCGUGAUGGACUUCCUGUUGCCAUGUCGCAAGGGCAAGGGAGCGGAGGGAGAGAAGAGAAAAACACGUGGCGGAAAGAAAGAUGGAGCUGGGACAGCAAAUUUGCCUAAUUUUUUAAUAAAACACUGUCUUUUCAGGAUUGCUUCAUGGAUUGGAGAACUUUCUAACCAAAAAUUAAAAAAAAAAAAAGGCAGAAACAAAAAAAUCAAAAACAAACAAAAAAAUAAGUGAAAGGACUACUUAUCAUUUCCAGCAGUCAUGAUGACAAGUUAAGGUGGGUUACCAAUUCCGAUAUAGGAAGGGGACUUCUUGUUUGUCUAAAUUUCUUUUUCUUUAAAAAAAAAUCAUUUUUAUGGGUCUGUUGUACAGGCCAUUAUGUCAUAACAAGGUGUUUAUAAUCAUAUCAGUUGUGUUGGGGGUUCCUUUCUUAACUGGUACAAUUUAGGCAGGCCUGUAUUACUGUAUCUCUAUUGUUGUUGUUAUUGUUUUUAUAUAUAUAUAUAUAUAUAUAGCUUAUAUAUAUAUAUAUAGUUUGAACAUGUUUGUCUCUUGCUCCUGGAUCCUAUCUCAGUGAGCCCCCACGCUGCGGGGUGGGAGGGCUUUCGGGUAAGGGGGGACUUAGAUUCUGAACUGCGGGGGGUGUUCUUGCUGGUUUCCCUGUCCUUGAUGACUCUCACAGAGGUGCUAGAAAAUGGUUUUCUUUUGCCACUUUUGCAAGAGGCUUGGUGCAGAAGCUGAAGGCAGUGUGUGCAAACACUCCCGCCCCACACGCGCCCCCUCCCCCAUCAGGCGGUGCCUUUGGAGCACUUUUGUGUGGGAAGGAAUUCCUGCUGAACUGUAGCUCUCACUCGCCCCGGAUCACUGACCCGAGGCCCAGACCCUGUAGUGCAGCAGCGCUGCUUCCUGCUACUUUCAGUGGGAAUGGCUGCACACGUUGCAGGACACGGUCUGGUUCCACAGAGCAAAGACUACUGCAGACACCUGACUUGGUGGUUCUCCUGGUUUCUUAUCUCCUGAAAUGCUCCUACUGUUGGUGUGUGUGUUUGUUUUUUCCACGUGGUGGAAGUUUUUCAUCCAAACUUCCUUUAACUUACUUGGCAAAGAACAAAAUGACUUACUGAAACUGGGAAACUUUUCCCUCCCUUCUUUUGUUUAUUGAAGGAACUCUACUAGACUGUUUUUCAUUGGUUAUAGAUCACCCAAAGAGGUGUGAUGAGAAGAAUGUGAGGUUACCACGUUUUCCUCUAGCCACAGACUUCCUUUUCAGUAGAUGGCUUAUCAGUUCCUCUAACCCUGAUACUCUCCUUGGUUCUCUGACUGGAGAAGGCACUAAUUAGCCAAAUACGGGAUCUGUAGAACCUUUGAAAGACUUUGAGCAGGAACUUUAUACACACCUCACAUGUCUCCUUGGUUUGUUAGUGAUGCUCCUGCUAGGUAGGUCUAAAUGGCAAUACACAUCUCUUUAUUCAUUGUAGAAGGCAGUUAGCUUCUGUAAUUGUUUUCAGGGUAUUUCUAGACGAUGUAAAUGAGCCCAUGAAAAGGAAAUGUUUAUGGAAGGAGAUGAAUAGGAAUGAAGGUUUCCCUUCUCCAGGAAGGGUAACCUGGAGGUCAGAUUUCCCUUUUUGUCAGUGUUCUAUUAUUAUAGUAUCUGUAUCCAAAAAAGCUCCCAAAGACUGGAUUGCUGCAAUGCAGCUCCUUUGAGCUCCCUUCUUAUUGGAAUUAGAGGUUCCCACCUGGCAUCUGUGGGUGGUCGUGCACAUCUCUGGUGGUUCCAUGACUGCACUUUUUCCCCCUUCCAGGCUUGGGGCUGAGAGAGAGCUUACAGGUGACUUUUCUUCUUCUUGCUCUGCUUGUGUCCACGAGGGAGCUUGAAUUCUGUGUAUUUGUCUCAGUGUUGGGAAAGGCAGUGAUACAGACACUGUGUGUAUUUUUGUUUGUGAUCAUUCAAGUUGGAGACAGGCAUAUUACUGUUAAAAGGCCAGAAACGUUUUAGUUCCCUUGUUAGUUUUUCUUCUGUUUCUUUUGUCUUCCCAUUUUAUUUCACAAAGUACCCUUCACCUUCCUAAAAUCCCUCUGAAAUCAGUGAACUGCAAGCAGGGAAACUAACAAAUGUCCAUCCACCAUUUUUAUGUGUGGUAUGUUUUUUUAAUGUUGUUUUUUUUAACUAAGCUUGAACCAAAGUCAAUUUUUAGCAAGCUGCUGUACUAAUGGACUAGUUUAUAUCGUGCAGUUCAGACACAUUGAGGAGAUAGAUGCUACUGACAAUUUCUUUUUUUCAUUUGUCUUUAUUAAUUUUAUAUAAAAGUUGCUGCUUGUUUUAAUCUUUUAUGUUGGUAAAUUGUAAUAUCCUCUGGGCAGACAUUAACUUGAUUUUUUAAGUAGUUUAGUUAGUUUGGUGUGUAAAUAGAAUGGCAGUGUCAGUUACUAAUUUUUCUCCUCUUCAUCCCUCUGUUUCUCUGAUGUAGUUGAAUUUGACCUUUUACCCUGAUUUGACAUCUCUAAUUUUAGUCUGUGCAGAUGAUUUUAGGGCUGUCAGUUACACUGUAGCUGCCCACAGGGAUGGGUCCCUCCCUCGGGAGUGGUAGGUUAGGAGGAAGGAUUCAGGGAGGAAAAUGCUGAUACCCACCAGACUGGGUUAGAGGUUGUAGCAUUCACUUCCCAAAUCGCUACCAAAGGAAGUGUUGAGUCCCAAAGGACUCAAGCCCAGCGGAUUAAGAGGAGGAGCAAGGAGACCGUUUUUGUUUGUUUUCCUACAUGGUUCAGAGAUACUCCCUCUCUUAAAUAAGAUCGCCAAUAGACUUUCAUAUUAAAAAAAAAAAGAUACUAAGCUUUAAAUGUCAGUACAGUGGUCUUCUAUUCCCUGCCCUGUCUGUAGUCUCUAAUCAGUUUGGGAUAAAGGGAUUCUGCCUUUGUGUGGGUAUGAGUGUGGAUCACUUUGUGAGGAUAAACUUUAAACCAGCAUAAAAACCUGUGUUCGAAAGAAGAAAUCCAUCCUUUAGACAAAGGUACCUGUUAGAAUUUUUCUUUUAUUCUCUUAUUUAAGAAGCAAGUUGUGAAAUGUAUACACGAAACACUAAAACAGCUUGUUGAUGGGUGUUUAACUUAAAAUUGAAUCCUCAUCAUCAUCCCUAGAUAGUCUACUGACCGUAUUGCUUCAUGACUCAACCUUUAGUCCUUUUUUACUUUGCAUCAUCUUUUUUAUCAUCUCAAGAAAUGCUUUGAAUCUUCUAAUCUAAGGUACUCAGACUUAACUUUUAGCCACCUUAUAUGGGAGAGUCUGGAAAUUAAGGGGUCCAUUUGGCCAGAAAGAAAUAUUUGGUAGAGUUUCUGCACUUCUAAGAGAAAAGACCAGAUAGGUCAUCACAGUUCAUUGUGGUCAUUCUUUGUUUUCCCCUUAAUCUUUAUGCAAGUUUUAUUUUAUUCCUGAAUUUGGUUAAUACAUAUUAAGCCAAAGACUAAUUCCAAAUGCAUUUAUAGUGAUACUAUAUUUGCCCAUGGUAAUGGGCCCUGCCUGGGGAGUAGUGAAUGUAAUUGUUUGAAUCCUGCUUAUCACAAGCAGGGAAGUUUGGUUAUAAACUUUAUUUGUACCCUGUAUAAAUCUAAAGGACAGAGGAGAAAGACCUAGAAAAGGGCUUCUCAGAAGAACAAUAUUAUUGUUCUUGAUUUAAGAAAUAUGUUGAGUGCUGUGUUAGUUUAAAUGUUUCUGAAGUUAUAUAGGCAGUCUUUUAGAAUCAAAAAAAUAAUUGUUCCUAUCCAUUCAUUACUUGAUAUAAAACACACUUUCUUUUAUUUAUUUGUUAAGAAAGAUCAAUACCAUCCCAGUUUGCUCAACUUAUUAGUAGAGAAAUGGAACCAAAGGCAUCCAACUUUCAUUUUGUUUAGGGCCAUACUGAUUUGUACUUCAUGGUAGCAUUGUUAGAAAUUAGCAUUUUUUAAAAGGGAAAAUAAGAUUAAUUAAAAGAUUCUUAGUGACAUUAUCUUGCCAAUUUAUUCUACACAGUUCAUCCAUCGUUGGGAAGAAAAGCACAAUUAUACCUCUUUCUUAUGUUAUUUUGUUCUAUUAUUCCUCAUUUAUUUGGGAAGGUGGGAGAAAACCUUAUCUAUAUUAUGCAGAAGCACAGAUACUUGCUUGUCACAAUAUAUAAAUUCAGCCCAAUCUUUAACAUUAAAUUUUCUAUUUAAAUUGCUGGGAAAGCUGGAUACGUUUGGAAAUACAAGAAAUUAAUGUAGAUUUUUAAAGUUGUAGAUCCUGAUAGUAAACAUUGCAAUUAGUAUAUAAUAAACACUUGGCUUACAGAAGAAACUCUUUGUAGUUCAUAGUCUAAAGUUGUUCCCAAACCUUAUCAUCCUCACAAAACUUUCUUUACCAAGAGAAGAGUGAAAUCAUUACAAUAGGAAGAAACGAGAGAGAAUGGACAGGGAGCGGACUUAAAUGGGCAAGAAUUGAUGGAUUCAUUUGAUCAUAGCCAUUGUGAGUUCAUUUUUGUAUGUGUGUGUGAAAAGCAUUUAGUUUAAUCACAGCCCUGGCCAUCUGUGCACACAGUACAAAUGUGAACUUGGACAAAAAUAGGAUAAAUAAAUUGCUCUCAUCGUUAAAGACUGAUACUAAUCCUGUUCUACCAUAUUCUUUUCUUAAUCUGAAGAAAUUAAAUGGAACACCCCUGAAAUUUUCAGUAAGAUAUUUGAAAGGAUCCAUCCAGAGGACAGGGACUAUGUCUUUUCUCAGUUCUCCAGUUUAUACCCAGAUUUCCAUAUGAUUUGUGAAGUUGCUUUCUUCUGACCAUCCUUAUUCAUGAAGCAGUUCCAUGCGUAGGCUCUUCUACCCUCAGCCUUUUCUUAAAGCAGUAAACAUUAGUGGAUUUUAUGUUAUUCUGUAAUCUGGAUCUCCUUUCCUCUCUUCCUUUUCACUUUGAAUGGUGAUACCUUAAUCCGUGAGGAUAAUGCUGGUGGGUAACAGCUAGCUUCUGGCACCUUCAUAAAAUACCUCAGCAUAGCUUAGCAUUGUUACAGAGCUGGUUUAAACUAAAAACCAAAUAAAUAAAAAGGAAAAACUUUAUAAAUAGUGGAAAUAAUUCUAGCUGUAGCAUUUAGUUGAACUGAUGUUUAUUACGAUUGAUAAACAUGACUGAUGCUAUAUGUAUUUGGGAUCCUGUUUAUAGGUUACAGUUUAUAGGGUUAGGGAGGGGUGGGGGGAAGAGGAGAAGGUGAUUAUGUUAGAAGGAAAACAUUGCAUUGCGUGUGCGUGUGCGUGUGUGUGUGUGUGUGUGUGUGUGUGUGUGUUUCCUUAUCUCUGUCUUGCCAAAGGAAACUUGAUCAUCCCUGUGUUUGGGUUUGGGGUUUUUUGGCCUCUCUAAGGUCUGGGCUGCAGUGCAGUGUGGCAUGCAGGGCACACAUUUGUUAUCCAGUUCAGGGUCCUCAAGGCAUUUACAUCCCUUCCUGUGGCUGCCUGGGGCCCCCAGACCCUGCCAGGCUCUUCUGAUGAUUCAUUACCUCUUAUGUAGCAAGAGCUUAAGAGAAGGGUUAAUGUGUGAAUGUUGGGGUAUGUAGUUGAGAAAUAGAGACAGAAUUAGACAAGCACCCUUUAAUUUGGAGAGGAAAAGAGAAAUGAGUGAAUCAUGCAUCUUAAUCUUAGGAAAUUACAGUAAAAUAUUUUUUUGUCACCCUCUGUCACAUUAUUGAAUGCUGUGCAGGUAGCACAGCAGUUUAGAACCUCACUUCCUUUACUCAUAUCAAGGCUAAUUCUGUCUUGACCAAAAAUGCAAACAGGAGGAAACCAGAUCAAGAAGUGGAAAGCCAACCAGCUGGCCCCACAUGUGUGGUGGUGUGACCUUUAGAGACUGAUUAGUGAGACGGACGAAAGUAUUGUUCUUGGUGGGUUGUCUUGAAUGAGAAAUGAUGCUGGUUUAGGAACAGUUAAGAGCCCUUUCUGGCCAGACUGUGGGACAGACUUUCAUGGCUUCCCAAGUUCAGAUAUAGACUCUGUGUCCAGAAAGGCUAUUUUUCAAUAGGUGACCCUUCUCAUAGAACCUCAGUGGGGUUCCGUCUGGAUACCAAAGACAGUGCAUUGUUUUUUUCUUCUGUUUUCCAUACAAACAGCAGAAAUAGGAACAAAAAGCUGAAAUUUGGAAAAAGCUUUACAUUUGUCUCUUUACUUUUCCUCUCCCCUCUCUUCUUCCGCCUAUGCAGUCUCCACUCUUUGCAGGAAGUCUCGUUGGUCAUCCUAGCUUUGGAAGAGAGAUUGAUUGAGUUUCACUCUGCUGGUUCUGUGAAGAUGCAUGGAGUUGCUCAGUGCGGCAGUGAUAUUCUUGGAAUUGCUGGGAAAUUUAGAAGGGAGUGUGGCAAAAGAUGGGGUUGGAUUCUUUUAUUUCCCUUUAUCUAACACUUAGAGUGAGAAUAAGUACAACCAGUGUGAGUUCAGAUGCUGUUUAGUUGUUCUGUCACUUGUAAAGGAUAAGCGUUUUUAAGAGCAAGAUUACAUGAAGACCCGAAAGACCUUCUUUUAUUCUUCCGUCAAGCUGUAUUGUUACAGAAUGUUUCUACAUAUGGGCUCUGGAGACUUGAGUAGUUCGUUGUUUUGGUUUACUGUUGAUAAGACAGAAAAUGGGAGAGGGAAACGAAAUUUAUUGUUCUUGAUAUUCUAUCAAAAAAUGAUCAGGUUGCAGAACUUCAUGACAGCUUUACCAGUAAUCCUAUUCUGGCAUUAUAUAAAAGUGAUAUUAAUAUCAUGUGACUUUUCAAAGUACUAGAUAGGUCAGGAAGCAGGUAACAGGGCUAUUAAAGAUAACAGCACUUGAAACACUUGUGGGAAGACAGACCAAACACGGUGGACCGCCGCUGCCGCGGAAGCGGAGCUCCCAGGGUGGGCAGGGCAGGGCCGGUCCCUUGAUGGUUCUUUCUGUCCCUGAAUCAGCCCAGGCUGCGCAGGACCGUGCCACCCAGGGUCACCCUCUAGUUCAAACCCAGGGCACUGUCAGAAAGUUCAGACCCCAAAACUACUUUACUGCAAAAAAGCAAGCAAAACGUUGAAGUCUGAUACAAAGUUCCCCCGAGGUUGGUUUGUUUACUUGUCCAUCAUUGUUUUGAGUGAGCCACAACCUCACAAAAGCAGCUUAAGGCUCCUUUCGUGACUUGGCGGUGACGCUGAGCUCUCCCGGGAUACAGGAAGUCUGCGGGCAGACGGUUGGUACAGUGAUGCCUCCACAGUGAGACAUCCAAACACUUCUUUAAAGUUGGGAUCUCCUUCGAAUGGAAAGAGGCAGAGCCACGGGCAGAGAAGACUACUCCUGCCUGGUCCCACAGUGUCUCUAAGUCGGAACAAUAGCACAGGAAGGGAAAGCACUUUCAGAAGCAGAAGGACAGUCCUGUUAGGAAAGGCUGUGGUUGUAGGCAACUGGAGGUGCCGUGUCUUUGGUUCUGACCCUACACAAUUCUACGUGAGGCAGAUACUUUCUGAGAGUAGAGUGGACCAGCCUGGUUGUGUUUAAAACUGCAAACAGUUCAGAGUGGGGGGAGGAGAGAGCCUAAGACUUUAUUACAACAUUGGCUUUUGACAGCGUAAAUAGUGUCUCCCCUGAGUGCAGGUAGGGGGGAGACAGACUUCUUCCAGCUUCUUACCUUUGCUUGAGGGGGCCUGUGUGCAUUGCUCAGUCCACAGGAGGUUUCAUUCCAAGGAAACGCCCUCCCCUACGUUAAACCAUAGUUCAGUCUCUGCAGCUGUGGUGAUAGCAGAAACGAGGUGAGUAAGUGUGGGGGUUUUCCGCCCACCGCAAAUCCAGGAGCUGUUGUAUACCUCAUUUCUAACUCCUGACUGAGUAACAUGCUUUAACUUUCUCUAACCCCGACAGAGUUGCCAAGUCUGCCCUCCCUCUUCUGAGUAAUGUUGAGCUCUGGCCUAUAGCAUCAUGGGACCUGUAGCCUAGGGUGGGACUUCCCAAAGCCUCCGAAUGUUGCUGCUUUAAAAGCUACUGCAAGCUGAGGGCAAAUUGCAAUCGUCUCUUUCUUUUCGUUGCAAGGGGUCUUCACAGGACUCUCUAACAUCUGUUCCCCGCCACCCUGCCCUUAGGGGCCGGCCAGCCACCCCACACCCCAACCCGCACCACGUCUCUGACCGCUGGCCACACAUCGCCUCCUGUACUUGCCUCUCCCUGGUAGGGAGAGGUCACCCCCUUCCCCUGCGAGGCCUCAGGGUUCUGCUUCUUUUCAGGACUUUGGGUGGAAGGGAAGACACACCAAAGGCUCCUUUAAGCUGACUGCUGCAUACACAUUUCACUUUUUUCCUUUGACAUGACCAAAAAAACCCCCAAAUAUUUAAGUUUUUAUUAUUAUUAAUAUUAUUAUUAUUAUUUGACAAUCUUAUAUCCAUUGGGCUGUCUAGAAGCUGCAUCUCCAGCCCUUCACCUUUUCUUUGAAUGUAGUUCCCAACCUUCAAUUCCCACCCCCGCUGUUGAAAAAAAAGCUUUGCCAGGUCUUACUACUGCUGCUAUAAGCCAGGGGAGGGUGGUUUCUUUGUGUUGUUUUGCUUCAUUUUUAAAAUUUCCAGCCAAAACCAAAGAUUUUUUAAUGAUUGUAUAAACUCAAAACAAACAAAAAAACCAAAGAAAAGGGAAGUCUUCAGCAUCAAUCCAGUCUGUGGCGUCCUGGCAUUAAGAGGAGGGGGUGGGGAGGUGGGGCCUCUGACAGUAUUGGAAGGGCAGGGGGUCUCUUUUCCAUGGUCCGGGUUUGCAGAGGCAGAUGCUCAGUAGCCUUGACUCUUGCCAACUUGUGAACAUGCCGUGGAAUAAAUUGGCAUUUCAAUUUUCUAAAACAAUGGACUGAAGCCCAUCACCAUGAUAAUACACCCUGCAGUUACCACGGUGAUCCACCCCUACAACAGCCGAGUCACCACAGGGUCUAGCAGAGGGACUCGGGUGGUUGGGGUUGCUGCUGGGCCCCCGUGGACUCCACAGAGUGGGGGAAAUUGAAGACACUGGUGCAGGAUUGGCUGCUCUGCUGGGUGCUUUAACCUCUGGGGCGGUGCUGGCGGGUGAAUACACGCCAAGUUGCCCUUCUGAGCCUUUUCUCUCUUUUCCUUUACUGGAACUGCUUGGAAGUGGCUGUCCUGUUUGUGAGAAAACAUGCAGAACGAUUGUCAAGCUUCUCAUUUCUCCUCACUGUAAUCUGUUUCCUCUUUGCAGCACCACUGUGCAACUAUGCAUUGUAUUUCACAACCUUUUGCGCUAGGUAGAUGCCUGUGACUUUUUAACUUGGGGGGGUGGGGGGUUGCAAAUGAAGGAACUUUUUACAUGGAUCUUUUUAAUCUCAGUUGAUUGGGGAAGGGGGGGGAUUUGGUUUUAGGGUCAUACAAGCUCUAUCCCAAAGCAAAAUCCAAAUGUUAAUAAUAUUAGCCUGAUGCAGAUACCAAAGAUAAUUUCUUUCCUGCAGAACCUUAGACUUGUGUAUUAAGUACGAUUACCCAGCACUUGCAUUAGUCUAACCUCAGUAAUUCCAAAGCUUAGAUGUAUAUUUUGGUAUAUUUCUGGGAUAUUAAAAAAAAAUGUCAUUUCUUGUUUCAGUGUAAUGCUCUUAAAGUCAUAGCAUGAAAAUAACUGUCCUAUUCUUAGUAGUUUGAAUAAUAGUAUUUUUGUAUGUUUGGGGUGUGUCUCUGUAUGUAUUAACAUAACAGUUUUCACUGCCUAGGUGUUCAUAAUAAAAAAGAAAACAAAAAAGUUCUGAGUGUACAUAAUAUUCAGUAAUAAACUUCCACUGGGUUCAAUUUGGAUUGAAUAUUUGCUGAUUACCAAUCCCAACUGGGAUUCCAUUUUGUUUUAAAGAGACAGUGAUCGUGUUUUUCUAAAGCUGUUUUCUUUCUCUGUCCUUAAAUAUCUUAACUUUACCACCUUUCUCUUUUCUUGCCUUUUUUUUUUUUUUUUAAAAAUAUUGAUUCAGGGGUGUUUUUCCACUGUUGUCAAGGGAGGAACACAAGGGGAAAUUGACUCCUUGGUCUCCCGAAACUUUUUGUUUUAUGUACUUAACUUUAAAAUGUGAGUUUGAGUUCUCUUUUGUGGAAACUUAAGAUGUGGUGUAAAUGAUUUUUUUCCAAAAUUGUCCAGCAACUUUAAUGAGGCAGUGACAAUUCCUAAGUAGUUUAUUGGGAGUCCUUUUACAUUUCUGCUUAGAUAACUACAGUCUGGGUGGCUAUUGUGUAGCCUCACUGUCCCAGCAUACCUAGUUAGCCAUUUCCCCUCUAAUAGGAAUAUUUCAUAAGAAUCAACUGAUAACUUGGAGUUCAGGACCUCAUUAUCUGGGCCCUUGGGAAACACUUUUUCUUGGUUUUGAAAACCUGAAACACAAGCAACUUCACAUUUGGGGGAAUUAGCUGGUACCUCCUGAGGCCUGAGGAGGUGGUGGGGAAUAUGAACGGUGCUGUCUCUUUCAAAGUGCCCUUUAUAUGAUCCCCUUCCUGAGGCUGCUUGCAGGGGCCCUAUAGGCUUGGGAAAGGUGGUGUAGGUGACAGUGAAUCAGAAUGAAGUGGUAGAUUUCAUGUAGAUGCAUUUGUCUGCUGUAAUUUUUUAUAUAUAUUAAACUUACUGUAACUGUACAGUUCAUUUCUGUUGUAAAACAUCAUUAAACCAUUUUCCAAGUGUU